CGAUCAUUUAGGGCAGCUAGCCAAGAUCCCGGUUGUGCGCCUAUAGAAGAGGCGGGAUAAUCGGGGCGACGGAGAUCUGCGAUUUCUUGGCUCUCCUCUUCCCCCCCUCUGCUAGGCGGUUGCGCUCAGGGGCAGAGGCCAAUUUUGCCGAGGAACCGACGGAUCUACAGUGGUGCGUACAUAGGCGAGAAACGCUUCGGUGAGACUGUCAAGCAUCUCAUGAUGAUGAUUGCAACAUACCUACUACCCAGUUGCCCAGGGCUAUGAUUAAUCUCAUACACACAGACACAUCAACACGAUGGGCAAUUCAGCCUUGGUAAAGCCCAGGGUUGUUGAUAGGCUAUAUUCCAAGGUGUAAGGGAGCUUUACGACCGCUCGUCGUUUGCGGUAGCCAAUUAUAGGUUGAAUAAGGCCGUAUACCGAGUAUCUGGCUGCUCGUUUACUUUCUCCGCGUUUUCACGGCGAGCCGCCCGUUCUUCAAGAUGCGGGCAUAAAAACUACCAGCGUUGAUAUAUAAACCCUUAGAACUCAUCAAUACCGUAAUAUAUCCUCAAAACUCUUAAUCCCCGAGAUCUACCCCAUCCCGCCCGCCAAAAUGUUCCAUAACAGCGUCUGGCUAAGCCUCUUGGCCCUCUCCACCCUCACUAAUGCCUCCGUGCUAAACCGGGAUCCAACCCCCACAACGACAACGGCUCCGGGGACUAGCUCCACCACAUGCGAAAACCCAAACCAAACCACCGGUUAUCCGGACUACAACGCCUUCUGCCAGUGUCCGCCGUACACGGCCGAUUCCCCCGCGUACGGGAACCCAUACCUCGGCCUCGUCCGCUGCGACACUAAGUGCGCCCCCGCCAACCCCACCCAGGUCGCCACGCACCCCGAGAACGGGAGCUUACAGGAUUGUAUGAAUGCCUGUACCGGGUCUUUCGAGAAGGCGAAGAGAGCGGAGGAGGGAGGGUUAGAGGCGAGACAGGGGGAUCCGGAUUAUUGGUUUUGCCACGGGGUUAAUUUUAUACAAGGCGAGCUAUGCGAGUUCAUUGGACAGCUUGGUACGAGGGAGUUUGUGGAGGGCGGUUCGGAUUGCUUUUAUGUUGACGGACUUGAUUCUUGAGAGUCGAGUACCCGAGUACCCGAGUUUAACAGGAUUUAGUACUGACUAUGAAAUGGAAAUGUUGUAAUUACCGCGAUAUGAAACUUUUCAUGAAGAGCAGAACUAGAGAAAAGAAAACCCAAAGAAACUCUUCUCAUACAAUUACCCUCGUUAAACUCAGGUACCUAUUUGUACGCGAUAACCACUUCCCACGUCCCAUUUCCUUUAACGAUCAUUGUCAAAAAGGGCGUUAACGCCGGCAGCGUCGUCGGCGGGGUUGUUAGCAUCGGCG